AUGGCGGGCGACACCGUGGCUACCAGCGUCCGCGAGGAGCAAGUUACCAAUGCCAGUUGGUUGGACAAGUGGCGCUGGUACGAGCGCAAUACUUCCAAGGAAGAGAAAGUAUUGUUGCGCAAGCUUGAUUUCAUGAUCUUGACCUUUGGCUGCCUCACAUUCUUCACAAAGUUCCUCGACCUCCAAGCCUUCCAGAAUGCCUACGUUAGUGGAAUGAAGGAGGAUGUUGGUAUGCAAGGCAAUGACUUGCAAUACACCACUGGUGUCUUCCAAGCUGGUUAG